AUGGAAUUCCUACCACGAUCUCGGAUAGUUUUAGGGAUUUUUCUCCUUCUCGUCUUGACAAUCCAGACGUCUCAAGGAAUAAAAACACCCCCACAUUCGUACCUGCAUCCUAACGCGCAUCCACACCCACACCAACUCCACCACUACCAGCAACAUCUCCACGAUCCUGCCAACCAACAAGUACUAGCCGUCACGUCACAUCAUCAGCAAGACAGCAAUUACCCCCAACAACACCAAAUUCAUCAAGAAAACAAUUACCCCCAUCAACAACCCCACCAAAUUCCUGUUCAUUCUUCAUCCCCACAGCUCUACAUCCCCCAACAGAACCAAAUCCAUCAAGAAAACAAUUACCCCCAACAACAGCCCCACCAUCAAAUUCCUGUCCAUUCUUCAUCCCCAGAGCUCUACAUUUCUCCAGAAUUCAGUCCACCCACUGAAACUCAGCACCACUACCACAACGCCCCCAACAAUUUCGCCAAUAAUCCUCCCACCGAGACAACGCCACAACCUACGACGACGACGACAUCAACGACAAUGUCGCCACCAUCAUCAUCGUCAUCGUCCCCUGGUUCGAACCGGACCCCGCACCAUCUUCCCUUUUUCUUUGAGAAGAAAAUUAACAAAAUUGCCAACAAGUUUUCCCGAUUUUUCAACCACUUGUUCCACGGACAUGCCAAUUACAACGACAAUGGAGGGCGAGCAUGGUAUCCAUCAAAUAAUAACAAUUUUUACAACCAGCAGCAGCAGCAGUACUACAGGCCGAAUUACUACCCGAGAUAUCCACCCUUCAAUAAUCAAUACCAAACCGCCAGACAGAGGACUGACUUUGACCACUACGGCUCCUGCAAGUUCAGACCUUGUCGCAGCGUUGGGCAUGCGAUUGACUCGUUCUUUAUUCGCGACGGGUUUGGAAAAUUGCUGCAGAAAUUUCACCAUUAA